UCAGACAGGAAACCCUCAAAGAAGCGGGCUCCCAAGGCCGUGAGUACAUCAGGCAACCAUGGAGCCCAGCGCAACUGGAAAGAGCAGGCCAGGGGCAGCUCAAGGGGCAGCCCAAGGCCUGGGUCUCCCAGGAGGAAACAGACAGGGCAAAGGAGACGCCAAGAGGAGUUGAGAGAAAAGAACCAGAGCCCAGCAGAGAGGACCUGCGAGGGGAGGAGGAAGAGAGAUGGCAAGGCUUCCUUCAAGGAGCAGAGAGUACCCCCACAGAAGGAAAAGGAGCUCCCAGAGAAGGAGGAGAUAUGGAAGCGCCUAAAGAAACACAGGUCAUCCUCCUUGGCCUCCAGUGCCUCUGGUGCGGAGUCUCUGUCUGAGGAGGAACUGGCCUGGAUCCUGGAACAAGUGGAAGAAAAGAAGAAGCUCAUUGCCACCAUGAGAAAUAAGCCGUGGCCUAUGGCAAAGAAGCUGACAGAGCUCAGGGAGGCUCAAGAAUUUGUGGAGAAGUAUGAAGGAGCCUUGGGAAAGGGGAAAGGCAAGAGACUCUACGCCUAUAGGAUGCUGAUGGCCAAGAAAUGGGUCAAGUUUAAGAGAGAUUUUGAUAAUUUCAAGACUCAGUGCAUUCCAUGGGAGAUGAAGAUCAAGGAUAUUGAAAGUCACUUUGGUUCUUCAGUGGCAUCAUAUUUCAUCUUUCUCCGAUGGAUGUAUGGAGUUAACCUUGUACUUUUUGGCUUAAUAUUUGGUCUAGUCAUAAUCCCAGAGGUACUGAUGGGCAUGCCCUAUGGAAGUAUACCCAGAAAGACGGUGCCUCGGGCUGAGGAAGAAAAAGCAAUGGAUUUUUCAGUCCUUUGGGAUUUUGAGGGAUACAUGAAAUACUCUGCUCUCUUCUACGGCUACUACAAUGACCAGAGGACCAUUGGGUGGCUGAGGUACCGGUUGCCAAUGGCUUACUUUAUGGUGGGGGUCAGCGUGUUUGGCUACAGCCUGAUGAUUGUCAUUAGAUCUAUGGCCAGCAAUACCCAAGGGAGCACAAGCGAAGGCGAGAAUGACAACUUCACAUUCAGCUUCAAGAUGUUCACCAGCUGGGACUACUUGAUCGGAAAUUCAGAGACAGCAGACAACAAGUAUGUCUCCAUCACCACCAGCUUCAAGGAAUCAAUAGUGGAUGAACAAGAGAGUAACAAAGAAGAAAACAUCCAUCUAACAAGAUUUCUCCGUGUCCUGGCCAACUUUCUCAUCAUCUGCUGUUUGUGUGGAAGUGGGUACCUCAUUUACUUUGUGGUGAAGCGAUCCCAGGAAUUCUCCAAAAUGCAAAGUGUCAGCUGGUAUGAAAGGAAUGAGGUAGAGAUUGUGAUGUCUCUGCUCGGGAUGUUCUGCCCACCGCUCUUUGAAACCAUUGCAGCCCUGGAGAACUACCACCCACGCAUUGGACUCAAGUGGCAGCUGGGGCGCAUCUUUGCGCUCUUCUUGGGGAACCUCUACACAUUUCUCUUGGCCCUGAUGGAUGAUGUCCACCUCAAGGAGUUUAUGAGGCUGACAGUGUCUGACAUGAUGGUAACGUACAUCACCAUCCUGCUGGGGGACUUCCUACGGGCAUGUUUUGUCCGAUUCAUGAACUACUGCUGGUGCUGGGACUUGGAGGCUGGAUUUCCCUCAUAUGCUGAGUUUGAUAUUAGUGGAAAUGUACUGGGUUUGAUCUUCAAUCAAGGAAUGAUCUGGAUGGGCUCCUUCUAUGCCCCAGGACUGGUGGGCAUUAACGUGCUGCGCCUGCUGACCUCCAUGUACUUCCAGUGCUGGGCGGUGAUGAGCAGCAACGUUCCCCAUGAGCGUGUGUUCAAAGCCUCCCGAUCCAACAACUUCUACAUGGGCCUCCUGCUGCUGGUGCUCUUCCUCAGCCUCCUGCCCGUAGCCUACACCAUCAUGUCCCUCCCGCCCUCCUUCGACUGUGGACCAUUCAGUGGGAAAAACAGAAUGUACGAUGUCAUCCAAGAGACCAUUGAAACUGAUUUCCCAACCUUCCUAGGAAAGAUCUUUGCUUUUCUUGCCAAUCCAGGCCUGAUCAUUCCAGCCAUCCUGCUGAUGUUCCUGGCCAUCUACUAUUUGAACUCAGUUUCUAAAAGCCUUGCUCGAGCUAAUGCCCAGCUGAGGAAGAAAAUCCAAGCGCUCCGUGAAGUUGAGAAGAGCCACAAGUCUGUCAAAGGCAAGGAUACAGUCAAAGAUUCAGAGGACACAUUUAAAGGAAACUCCAAAAAUGCCACCCAGCUCCAACUCACCAAAGAAGAAACCACAUCUCACUCUGCCAGCCAAAGCCAGACCCUGGAUAAGAAGGCACAGGGCCUUGGAACCUCCAGUUCUACUGACAGGAUUGUGCUGUCUGCCACCAAGAAUGUCCUUGUACCUCAGCCCCCUGGAAUCAGACCAGAUUCUGGCCAACCCCAGCCUCAGACUCAUCCUUGGAGGUCAGCUUCCAGAAAGAGUGCACAGAGACCACCCCCCUGA